AUGAAAUUAGAUUCAAGCAUUUAUCAGGAAGCUCAGAAGGCUGCAAGAUUCCCUAGGUUGCGGCUGUUGAUGUUAGGUGUCGUAUGCGGCGCGGUUGUACCCACUAUCUACAUUAGAAACUACUUCAUUCCUCGUUUCAGAAGGGAGGCUUUGCAGGAUGUUUCAAACAUAUCAGAGCAGAGGGGCGCUUCUGUAAUGGAUCCAAGCGCUUUUCACAAAACUAAACCAAUUUUAAAGCUUUGGCCCAUGUUAAACACCCACAUUCGUGAGGAUUUGAUGAAUCAGGAUUCAUCAAAUGUUGAGACAGAUAAGAAAAUGAGUGACGAUUCAACAAUAGUUAUGUUCUCGUCCAUCAUGUAA